AAACAGCAUAGAUAUUAGAGUAACACUCAAACAGAUGUAGACGUCUAAAUGGCUGAGGCCCUCAUUGGUGAGCAUCAACUUGCUCUAGGUGCUGCAUUAAAUAUCAAGGAUUUAGAUACUAUACUAUCCAAGUUAAGUCUCUUUCCUAAAAGCAAGUGGAGAAGCUUUGGUCUGAAGGCUGGUCUGUAUCAUCCAACACUGUCAGACAUUAAAGCUGAUCAUCCUGGAGACGUUGGAGGAUGUUUCAGGGAAUGUGUAUCUCUCUGGCUAAGGAAAAAGGAUGGAGUUGAUGAGAAAGGAAUACCAACAUGGCUGAGACUAGGAGAUAUACUGGAAGAGAUUGGAGAAAAGGAUUUAGCUGACGAAAUCAGGAAACUACAUGUAGAUGGCACUACCAAACCUGUAUAUGUUGUACCAUAUGGGUUAAAGGAGGAAUAUUCAGAGAUCAAUGAUCGAUUCUCUUUUGUUUUGAACGAUUUUGCCGAAGAGGUUAUCAAAGCUAAUUUACUGGAUAAAUUCAAAGCGUUUUUAUUGGGACGCUCAUUCAAUCAGCCUGAGGGUAAAGAAGAUGUCAUGAAAGUGCGAAAUGAGUUGGAUCUGGUAUCUUUGCUUCAAAAAUAUUUCUUUCUUUCUAAUUUUGGAGCUAUUGUGUCUUUUGCUGAGAAAUAUAAUUUAGAUUCCAGCAAAAAAGAACUAUCCAAGUUUUCUAAAGAAAUAGAUAAACUUUACAGUAAAAUUUUAGCUAAAGAUUUUGCACAACAAGCCAUUGAAGACCAUGAAAGAAAGGACUAUCAUGGAGAAAUGAUAUUUAAAGUUGUUUGGGAUUUGGAUACUGCACUAGAAAAGUUUCAAAAAUUUCUUGCUGAUGCUUUUCACAGUCAAGGUAUAUUAAUAUCACUGAGGGUUGUACAGCAAAGUCUGUUUGCCUUUGUGUGUACUAUACCUAAAUGGCUGGUUGAAGAGAUGAAGGAAUAUGUGACUAAAAAUAAAAAAAUGCUAAAAUCCAAAAAAGUUGUAGAAUUAAUUAUUGAUGGCAAUGUAAUGUUUUCAGUAAAGAGUAAAACAAAUGUUACUCCAGAAGGUGUUGCUGGCAAGUUAAGUGGAUUGACUGUUUCAGAACAAGGGCUGUUUAGAAGAACAGAAACAGCUGCUAUUGAAAGUUUAGAUCCUCUCUCUGACACUCAGAUUAUUGAAGGAAGAAAACAUAGUUUAGUAAAUAUAAAAGAACACCUUAUAUUUGGUCCACAUCAAUCCUUAUUUGAUGAGUUAGAAGAUAUUGUGCAUCCUGAUCAUUUCAUUUAUUACUUCAAGAAUUUCAUUUCUACUAAUGUUGAAUAUGAAGAAUUUACGGAUAAAGUACAGUUUUAUCAACAUGGCAUCUUUAAAAUGUAUCGCAAUACACUUUGGAAUUGUGAAAGUUACGCUGAAGUCAAGAAAUUUUGCAAUUUAUUUCUUAAAGCUUCGCUAUGUUGCUGACCAGUUAAAGGUGAAAUGGGAACUACUUUUGGGAGGUAACCCCUUGUUGAAAUUAACUUUUGAACCUGAACACUAGCUGCCUUAUAAUACUUUAAUUUUUAUUCUAUCUGACAUACUAUAAAAUGUACACCGUAUUGAAAGUAAUUUUAAGUCAUUAUUGAUGAAUCCUACUGAACAUCAUACCAAA